AUGCAAGACUUCACGAGUAUAUUAAACAUAAUCUUCAUAAUCAGUGGGGGUGUGUUAACUUUUGUUAUUCUGUUCAUUUUCGCUAAAAGACAAAUAACAAGGUUCGCCCUUCGAUCUAGACGAGGUCCUCAUGUUCCAAUAGGAGCUUCAGCAAAGAAGUGUCUCAAGAAAGAAAUAGAGCGUCGUAUAGAAGCAGUGCCCCGGAUAGUUCACGAGCCUCGGCUGCUGUGUGCUGAACCUUCCCACUACAUACUUGAACCUCAACAGCCUUACCACUAUAGAUUUCGAGCUGUUGACGAUGUGAAGACAUUAGAAGAGGAAAUAGCCCACCAAGACCCGGGUCUCAAACGUCAUCCACGCGAGUCACUCCGUGCAUUCCUCCUCUCCUCACUAGCAGUACCCCUCGACGGUAGAGGACAGAAACUAGUUCAUCAAUUCUGUGAUGCCUAUGAGUCGGCGAGACACCACCCCGCUGAGUUUGGUGAAGACGAGUACAGGGCGUACAGUCGGUUGCUUUUAAAACUUUUGGAUGCUGCUCGUCUUCUAAAAAGCGUGUCGUGUGUGUCGGCGUCGCGCGGCAGCCCGCAGCGACGUCCGGCGCGCCUGCUGGACCCCGCGCGACUGCGGCCCGCGCCCCGCCCCGCCAACCACUACACCGCGCUCGAGAACAUGCCAGUGGAGGCUAAACUGGAAGAAGAGGUGCUCCGGGUACCGGUGAAGAGCCCUACGGAGCCACUAGUGAAGGCCCCGGCGGACGAGACGGCGCUCUGAGCCAGGCGCGCGCGUCAUGACGCGCAGACGCUGUAACCUGGCACGGCGUGGUGUGGCCUGCCAUGGCGUGGUGUGGCCUGCCAUGGCGUGGUGUGGCCUGCCAUGGCGUGGUGUGGCCUGCCAUGGCGUGGUGUGGCCUGCCAUGGCGUGGUGUGGCCUGCCAUGGCGUGGUGUGGUGGCAGCUCCUGGCCUAGUGUGGCAUGGCAGUUCCUGGCCUGGUAUGGCAUAGUCCGCCACUUAGUGGUUAUAGCUACAUGAGUGGAAUUAAAAAACCAGUGUAGUGUUGAGGACAGUUGAGAUACUUGGAUUUGUGUGAUGUUACAGUGUUGUAGUAACUUAGCUAUGUAGGAGAAACCGUUAUAUGGUGGUAUUGUGUGGUAGUGCUGAGAUGACAUCAUAUGGUCAUGAAAAUCUUUGACUUUUGUAUGGUAUAUAUGUACCU